CGAUUUUUGAGCGGGCCUGCUGUUUGUUCACAGCAAGAGAAAGAUUCCUUAUCUGUUCUUUCAGCCAGGAGAGGGUCGGUGAACCACGAUGCCAGGCGAGGUUGAGGUGGAGAAGCCACAGGGACAGACCCAGGCUGAGACGGGGAAGGCGCCCGCCGCUGCCUCAAAGUCGGUGGUGGGUAUUAUCUAUCCACCUCCUGAAGUUAGGAGUAUCCUACACAAAAUGGCAAGGUUAUUCACCGCCGUUCUUUGUAAAGCCACUGCGAAGCUGGCGCCCGCGUGAAACUGUCGCUAAUGAUUCCAAUUAAUGCGCAUCUUUUGAUGAAUUUAUGUGAGUGAAGUAUGUACGUUUUCCUUGUGAAGACCUCAUUGGUUCGUGUGGAGAUGGUUGGUUGGUUUUGCAGUUCUCACUUCAGUUGUCUUCCUGACUUCCCACGUUAGAUAUCGUUGACAAGACUUCGGACUUUGUGGCACGCAAUGGGCUGGAGUUUGAGGACCGUAUCCGUAUCAACGAGGCCGGGAACACAAAGUUCAACUUCCUGAAGCCCAACGACCCCUACCAUGCCUACUACCGGCACAAGAUCACCGAGAUACAAGAGGGUGUGGCACAGGAAGCGGCCGCCGCUGCAUCUCAACAGGCCCAGGCAAUGUUGAAGCAGGCCCCCAUCACGAUGAUUUUGGAGCCGGAGCCUCCGAAAGACCCUCCCCCGGAUUUUGAGUUCAUUGCCGAACCUCCCUCCAUCUCCUCCAUGGAACUGGACAUUGUGAAGUUGACAGCCCAGUUUGUGGCCCGGAACGGAGCGCAGUUCCUUGACAAACUGAUGGUGAGAGAGCAGAGGAACUACCAGUUUGACUUCCUCCGCAAGCAGCACCCGCUGUUCAACUACUUCACCAAGCUGGUGGAGCAGUACAGCAAGAUCCUGAUGCCAGCACACACUCGAAUUCACCAGCUCAAUAGAGAGAUCGAGAACCCUUACAUGGUGUUGGAUCGCGUUCAGCAGAGGGUGGAGUGGACCCAGUACCAAGACAGGCAGCGCAGGAAGGUGGAGGAGAAGCAGGAGAAAGAGAGAGUUGAGUAUUCUCAGGUGGACUGGCAUGAGUUUGUUCUUGUCGAGACAGUCAAUUUCAGAGAAACAGAAACAGGCUACCUACCACCACCCAUACGUCCGACACAACUAGCACAACGACUCCUGCAGCAACAGAAAUAUGAGAGAGUUGCCGACGAUGGAGGUGAGGUUGAAGAGAUAGAGAUGGAAGUCGAAGAAGCAACAGACCAACCAGAGGAGAAACAGAAAGAGAGGUCUCCUCCACCUCCAAAGCCGCCCUCCCCUCCUCCCCUUCCCCCUCCUCCUUCCUCCUCCAUGCAAACCUCCUCCGUUCAGAUCAGGAGGGACUACAAUCCGAAAACGACGGGUCCCCCUCCGUCCCAGGCUGCCCCUCCACAGCAGUUCCUCGUCUCUCCCAUCACCGGAGAGAAGAUCCCGGCCAACAAGAUCGAGGAACACAUGAGAUACGGUCUGCUGGACCCUCGCUGGAUUGAGAACCAGCGGAGGCAGAUGCAGGAUAAGAAGAACGAAGAAGCCUUCUCUGGAGUGCAAGUGCAGGCUAGUCUGAAAAACCUUGCCGAGCGAAGAACUGAUAUCUUUGGAGUGGAGGAAACUCUUAUUGGACAGAAGAUUGGAGAAGGGAGAACCAGGUCUGCCAAGCCAACUGUUCAGUGGGACGGACAUGCUUCUAGUGCGGAUAUCGUGAAGCACGCCGCCCAGUCCCACAUCACUGCAGCACAGGUCGAGGCCCACCAGAAGUCCCGCGGACUCAUACCUGAUCCAGAGAAGGACAAAAUUGGUCCCGCCGUCCCAGCUGGAAUUUCGGCCGUUCCCACUCCCCACCUCCCCCUCCCCACACCGCCCCGCCCCCCUCCCCCGGGUUCUCGUCCUCCUCCCCAGAUCCAGUCUCCCCCGGUCCGCCAGAGUCCGCCCACCCAUACACGCCCCCAUCUCCACCCUUCUCAACAUAUGCCGCAAGCACGGCCUCUCUUCUCCUCCCCACCCUCCAUGCCUGGUCAGCUGGGCAACAGGCCUCCUCCUCAUCAGAUGGGUUUCCAGCCUGGACCAGGGAGGCCCCCCAUGCAGCACGGUGCUCCACCACGUGGUCCAGGCCCGGGCCCCAGACCUCUCCUCCAACCUCCUCCGGGAGGGUUGCAACCAUUUCCCCCCAUCAACAUUGCCCCUGAUAUCAGCCCCGAUAUGGCUCCACCUAUGGCAAAGAAGGUCCGAUCUGAGGCCGACGACCUCAUUCCCGAGCAGCAUUUCAUCGCCGAACAUCCGGGCCCCGUCACAUUCCGGGUCCAUGUACCAAAUCUCCCCGAGCGAUCGGAGUGGAAGAUGAAUGGUCAACUGAUCACAAUGACCCUACCAAUCACUGACCCAGUUUCAGUCAUCAAGGCUAAGAUAUCCACCGAGUUUGGUAUGCCAUCCGGGAAGCAAAAGUUGCAGAUCGGGACGAUCUUUAUCAAAGACUCAAACUCCCUGGGUUUCUAUAACAUCUCCGGUUCCUCUGUGGUUCUGCUGGGACUCAAGGAGAGGGGAGGCAGAAAACGAUGAGGAGUUGUCUCUAAUAAAAAAAAAUAUUUGGACCUCACUUUCUUACGUAUUAUGCCUCUGUGUAAUACACAAACUACUAGUGUUUGAAUGUUUAUUUUUUGCUGCAUUCUAUGUGAAAAUCAUCGCAUUACCACGUCC